CCUGGUCUUCGUGCUGGGCCUGGCCGGGAACCUCUCCGUGCUCUGGUACUUCCUGCGCACCCGGACGGCCACCGCCCCGGCCAACAUCUUCCUGGCGAACCUGGCGUCCCUCGACCUGAUCUUCGUGCUGACCCUGCCCUUCCGGGUGGCCUACCACGCCCUGCGCAACGACUGGGUGUUCGGGGAGGCCCUGUGCAAGAUCACCGGCUCCCUCUUCUACGCCAACCUGUACGGCAGCUCCCUCUUCCUCACCUGCAUCUGCCUGGAGCGCUACGUGGCCGUGGUGCACCCGCUGCGCUCGCUCCGUCUGCGCCGGCCCCUCUACCGCGUGGCCAGCUGCCUGGCCGUCUGGGCCCUGCUGGCCGCGGCCGUGCUGUACCUGAUGCUGCGGGGCCCCCUGACCCGCCCCUUCCCCGACGGGCGCCUGGCCUGCCUGGAGAACUUCUCCAGCGACUCCUGGAAGGGCCGGAUCUCGGGCGUCAGCCUCUUCGCCGCCGCCGUCGGCUUCCUGGUGCCGCUGGCGCUCAUCGGCGUCUGCUACCCGCUCAUCGCCCGCCGGCUGCUGGAGAUGCCGGGGAUGGCGCCCGGCUCGCGGGCUGCCCGGCGCAAGGCGCUGCGCACGGUGCUGGUCGUGCUGGUCGUGUUCCUGCUCUGCUUCGCCCCCUACCACGUCACCCAGGUUGUGCACACCCUGUGGCGCCUGGGGGCGCUGGAGGGCUGCCCGCUCCUCCGCGGCACCUACGCCGCCCGGCGUGUCACCAUGGCCCUGACCAGCCUCAACGCCUGCCUGGACCCGCUGGUCUAUUACUGUGCGGCCGAGCGCUUCGCCUGGAGCCCGCCCUGCAGCGGCCGGUGCUGCUGGGGGCGGCCGGCUGCCUCCAGGGACCCCCAGGGCUCGGGGCUGCAGGCGCUGGACAAUGGGGCCUCCCGGGGGGCCCAGGCCGAGACAGUCACCUCGUCCCACGGCGCCCACGGAGGGGCCUGA